GCUUUCUCGGAUUUCCCCUUCCUUGGUUGUGAUGUGAGUCAGUUAAGCCUGAAGAUUUAGGAAGAGGAGAAAGCAGACAGACAGCUGUCCUGAGCAGGAAAGAGACCCCAGAUGGGGAAGAGCUGCAAGGUGGUGGUUUGCGGCCAAGCCUCAGUCGGAAAAACAUCAAUCUUGGAGCAGCUCCUCUAUGGGAACCAUGUGGUUGGCUCUGAAAUGAUAGAGACCCAGGAGGACAUCUACGUGGGCUCGAUCGAGACGGACCGCGGGGUGCGGGAGCAGGUGCGAUUCUACGACACCCGGGGCCUGCGGGAGGGCGUGGAGCUCCCCAAGCACUGCUUCUCCGGCACGGACGGCUACGUGCUGGUGUACAGCACCGCCAGCAAAGACUCUUUGAAGAGGGUGGAGCUGCUCAAGAAGGAAAUCGACAAGUGCAAGGAUAAGAAGGAGGUCACCAUUGUGGUUCUGGGCAACAAGAGCGACCUGCAGGAGCAGCGGCGCGUGGACCACGACGCGGCCCAGCACUGGGCCAAGGGCGAGAAGGUGAAGCUGUGGGAGGUGUCCGUGGCCGACCGCCGGACGCUGAUCGAGCCUUUCACCUACCUGGCCAGCAAGAUGACGCAGCCGCAGAGCAAGUCCGGCUUCCCGCUGAGCCGCAAGAACAAGGGCAGCGGCUCCAUGGACGGCUGAAGGCCUGGCCUCCCCUCCCCCGCCACCUCGCUCCCAUGGCGCAUCCACCCUCUCCUGAGCCCUGGGGCGUUGGCACGAAGCCUGCUGAUGGGAGGGAGCUCCUGGAGUGGGUGGGGGGCUCGGCCCCUGGCCACACUAGGCAGCAUGGCGAGGACCCGGUGCCAGGGAUAGUCACUGGGGGCAAUGAAGACGCCUGGCCCAUCCCUGCUGCCUGGAGCGGGAAGGCGGCCUUGGACGGCUGGUCUGAACUCAGGAUUCGCCCAGACCGUGCCCCGGGAGCCCUGGCCUGGUCUCUGCUCCCAAACCACAGGCUAGACAAAACUCUCGGCA